AAUGACAUGCGUUCAAAAUGUGUCGUGGUGAGAGUGGGGGCUGGACACUCAAUGGAGACGAAGUGAUUUUUUUUUUCCCCCUUUUUAGAAAAAAUAAAAAGUUAGUUAAAUUGUUACCGGGCACAUGGCAUUUUGUAGACAGUGUUUCUUUAGUGUUUCAUUGUUUUUAACUUUUGUUAUGGAGUUACAAUGGGAGAUCGCAGGGAUAAGCAGCGACAUUUGAAGGAUUUCCCUUAAAAAGCAACUAACCCAUUCAUGGAGCCGAAGGAGUGAGGGAUCAUGAGUACAGGUAUGAAGAAGCCACCAGUAGCCCCCAAACCCAAGCUGUUGACAUCUCAGAAGCCAGCCCCUCCUCCAAUUGCACCUAAACCUGAGAGCCUUCUUCCCUCUCCAUCUCUGUCCGCACCAAAACGUGGGAAACCUGCUCUAGCCCCUAAACCAUGCCUUGACAAGAUCAGCCCCAAAGCUGUCCAGUCAUCUCUCUCUAUCAGCACUGGCAAAUCUGAGGGCGCCCCCACGUCCAAAAAUGGGGGCCUUUCGCAUUAUAUCAUUCCGCCCAAGAGUCACCAUUUGGGCAAAACGAGGGGAUCCGAAGAGACGAGCGAAACAACAGAAUAUGAUGUAAGAAAAAAGCAAGGUAGUCCAAUAGAGGAGCUCAGCUGCAACAGUGCAAAGGAUCAGGUGACUUUACCCAGACAAGAUGUGCAAAACCACGUCCCCACACACUCCCCAGACACUCUUCCAGAUGCAAAGGAAGAUACGCACACAGCUGUGCUGGACAAGGAUCACAUACACACACAACCAGAGUUACACACUCCAACAGAAGAAACCUUCCAGAAUCAAGAGCAGCUUGCUGAGCAGUCUUCUCACACGCAGUGUUUAACCACUGAUGACACACAUAACAAUGUUUCUGUGCCUUCACCCCCUAGUAAGCCACUUCCUGUGCCUCAGCCUCGGCGUCCACGAAGAAACGUGCUUCUCCGCCAGAAGGUGGUGGUGGAGUAUCCAGCCAAAACUGAGACACACCCCUCUGGGGACCUUCAAACACAGGUGACACCUUCAGGAGACCAGCAGGCUUCACCAGAAGUUCCAGAAGACACUUUAUCGUCCAGCAAUUCUCACGCAAACAUUUCUCCAGACUCAAACACAGGCUCUGCCCACAUCACAGAUUCCACAGAUUCAAUCUGUUACACGCACAACUGUGGAAGUGCAACCCAGCCAGAGACUGUUUGCUGUUCUGAACCAGCCACUAGUGAAACCUUUAUUUCCACAGAGGAGGAGCCACAGCCACCAGCUCCACCCCCUCGACAAAAGUCCCUCCUUCAAAAUGGCAGUAACGAUUAUAAAAUGUCGUCUUCUCUGGAUAACCUGCUUCUUACAGAGCAUGCAGACUCGGAGAGAUUUGACGAGAAGCUAGAAAAAGAAGAUGAGGAGGAUGAUGAAGAAGAUGGCGCAUAUGGGGAUUUUGCUCGUUGUCCAUUCACUAGGAGUUUACCCAAACAAAUUAGACUCAACCGUAGCCCUCAGGUGGCGACUAUAACCAAGGCAUCUUCAGCAGAAGAGAGCUCGCCAAAGAUCGCUCCCAAGAAGCCUCAGAGGCAUAGUUUACCUGCAUCUGCACUGUUGAGAAAACAAAUCACGCCACCUCACACAGCUAUUCCAGCCCCUUCCCCUGUCUUUGGAGCCCUUCCCGCCCCUCCCACUGAAAAACCCUCAUCAUGGCGUGUCACUUUCUCAGGAAUCCCUCUGUUUGGUAAGCAACUAUCUCAAAGUGCUAGCCAAUCACAGACAAGUGAUGGAAAGAGGCCGGGAUCAGUGCUGGUCAAGCAGAGGGCGAGGUCAUUCUCGUCGGCUGAUCUCCUGCGCGUGGAAUCAGGAGGCGGUGUGCAGAAACACCGGAGCCUGAAGAAACUUCUCGAAGUGCGUGUCAAGCUGUUUCCAAAGCUGUUACGUGGUGGAACGUCUCUGGACUGCACUAGCACGGAUACGGAGUGUGUCGCACAUACCGAGGUCACACCCACCAGUGAGGAGGUCACUCUGCAUGAUGAAGAAGGGGAUUGUGGGGUCGAAUAUGAGAAUGUUCCCCUCUAUGAGGAGAUUCCUGAGUACAUGAACCUGCCCUGGGUCUAUUCCAAUCCGAAUACGGAUAGUGGAGUGUAUGAAGUGCAGGAACCGUAUGAAAUGAGCAGGCCUCAUUUGAGCGGUGACCUGUCAGAGGAAGAAGAGGGGCUGAGCUCCAACGAGGAGGAUGACAACAGCUCCACCUCCAGCAAAGAUGAAAUGGACCAUUCGAGAGACAAAGAGGAGGUCGAGAAAGCAAAAAGGAAUAAAGUGGUUCACAUUGCCAUGGAGAUCAUGAGCUCAGAGAAAGUAUUUGUGGAUGUUCUGAAGUUGCUGCACAUUGACUUCCGGGAUGCGGUUGCCAAAGCGACCCGUGCCAGUGGGAAGCCUGUGGUGGAGGAGCGGGUGUUGAAUCAGAUCCUCUACUACCUGCCUCAGCUUUACGAGCUCAACAAGGACCUGCUGAGAGAGCUGGAGGAGAGAGUCGCACACUGGUCAGAUCACCAGAGGCUGGCUGACAUCUUUGUGCAGAAGGGACCGUAUCUGAAGAUGUACUCGACAUACAUCCGAGAGUUCGAUCGCAACGUGGCCCUGUUAGACGAACAGUGCCGCAAAAACCCUUCUUUCGCCACAGUCGUCCGUCAGUUUGAGACGAGCCCUCGUUGUGCCAGUCUGGCUUUAAAGCAUUACCUACUGAAACCAGUGCAGAGGAUCCCACAGUACCGACUCCUGCUGACAGAUUAUUUGAAAAAUCUUCCUGAAGACUCCUCGGACUAUAAGGACACCCAAACUGCUCUUGGGGUGGUGAAGGAAGUUGCAAAUCAUGCCAAUGACAUCAUGAAACAAGGGGACAAUUUCCAGAAGUUAAUGCAGGUUCAGUGCAGUUUGAACGGACAUCAUGAAAUAGUGCAGCCUGGAAGGGUGUUUCUUAAGGAAGGUACGCUGAUGAAACUAUCCAGAAAAGUCAUGCAGCCAAGAAUGUUCUUCCUGUUUAAUGACAUCCUGCUGUAUACCACUCCUGUACAAUCUGGCCAGUAUAAAGUAAACAGUAUGCUGUCUCUGGCUGGUAUGAAGGUAAGCAAGCCCAGUCAGGAGGCUUAUCAAAACGAACUGAACAUUGAGAGUGUUGAACGUUCUUUCAUCCUGUCUGCCAGCUCAGCCACAGAGAGAGACGAGUGGCUAGAAGCCAUCACUACAGCAAUAGACGACUACACAAAGAAGAAAAUCUCAUUUAUCUCCAGCCGAAGCCAAGAGUCUGAGGAAGUCCCCGCUGAUGAUUCUCCACUGGGUUCUAAAGCUCCUAUCUGGAUCCCUGACCUCCGCACGACCAUGUGUAUGAUCUGUACCUGCGAGUUCACCCUCACCUGGAGACGCCACCACUGCCGGGCCUGUGGCAAGGUUGUGUGCCAGGCGUGCUCGUCGAACAAAUAUUAUCUGGAGUACCUGAAGAAUCAGCUAGCACGAGUGUGCGAUCAGUGUUACGUCAAACUACAGCAGAAAGAUAAAGGAGAGCAGUCCGAGGUGGCUGUUUCACCCAGCGGCCGCAGCUCAGCCUUCUCCUUCUCUAGAAAACAAAAGAAGAUUCCCUCAGCGCUGAAAGAGGUUUCUGCUAAUACAGAGAACUCCUCUAUGAGUGGCUACCUUCAGAGAUCGAAAGGCUACAAGAAACCAUGGAAGCGGCUGUGGUUCGUCAUCAAGAACAAAGUGCUUUACACGUACGCUGCUAGUGAGGAUGUUGCAGCAUUGGAGAGCCAGCCGCUGCUGGGCUUUUUCCUGAGGGAAGAGAAGUCUGGACCGGCAGAGAAGCUGCAGUUUAAACUCUACCACAAAAACAUACUGUAUUAUAUCUUCAGAGCGGAUGAUAUUCCUACAGCUCAGAGGUGGAUUGAGGCGUUUCAGGAGGCCAUGAUUCUUUGACUAAUGUGGAUAAUAAAUAGUUUCCUAGAACUCUUUUUUUUUCCCAGCCUGCAGCAGUAACGUUGAGGAACAGUGCCUGAGCUCAAAAGACACCAAUUAAAGUAUUAAAGCAAGUUUGGAACUAAGGAUGCGACCUAGCAACCUAGCAAAGGAGCGUGGCUUCUUUUUAUUCCAGUCUCAAAAGCAAAAUCAAACAGGUGUUUGAAAUCAUUGAGGUUGUGCAUUAGUGACUGGAAACACCAGGACUGUCAGAAAAGCCAAGACCAUUAACCUCCUGUUCCACAGCUGGAGCUGGAUUCUGCCUCACAUUCAAAUCUCUUUGGACAUGUGUGUGCCAAAUGAAUCAAAUGGAUUUGUAGGUCAAGGGACUAACUGAGAUUUUACAUUAAAGAUACCAGCAAAUUAGUCAGAUUCUGUGACUUUAAACAAGUACUGCACACUGUCCAGACACCUGACGUGGCACUGGACAUACGAAGAACAUCCAGUGUGAAGUUCUGUGAGAGUGAAGAAGGCUGUAAGUGUGAAGAGUGUGUCGGAAAGGUCAUGUUUGAUCACGGGUCAGAUGUGGACGGACAUGCACAAGCAAGUGUGAAUUUUCAGUGCCUUGAGUUCUGCGUCGAUGAGCAAACAUGUUUGUCUGCAAUGGUGCAUCUUGGGAGAUGUAGGAUACCACUGUAAAAGCCAGUAGUCUUUUUUUUUUUUUUUUUUAAUUAUUAUUAUUUUUAGAAGCCUUAAA